GGAGAAAAGCAACGCAAGCUGAUGCGACGCCAUUUGCUGCCCGCCGUGCGUGUGUAAAGCUGAUCUCAGAAGAGCUCGGUCUCGGGACUCGUCCGCACACGCGACUGGCCUCUCGCGCCCGCUUGGUACCGCGGGGCUCCACGCGUCACCCCCCGCGCCCCUCGGAGGAAUCGCCGCCGCCGCCGCCGCCGCCGCCGCCCGAGUAAGAGUCCGAGUCGCCGCGCGGCCUCUGCUCCCGCCAUGCCCAAGAAUAAAGGCACCACCAAUUCCUGGCUAAAAACUUGCACCAUCCACACCAAAUCAAGACCCAGAGAUGGGCUACCCAUUGCCAUUGGUUGAUAUAUGUCUUUUAAGUCUCUUCAUGGGUAAAGGAGGUAAAAACAGACGUAGGGGUAAGAAUGAAAAUGAAUCCGAAAAAAGAGAAUUGGUGUUCAAGGAAGAUGGGCAAGAAUAUGCUCAGGUAAUCAAAAUGUUGGGAAACGGACGCUUAGAAGCAAUGUGUUUUGAUGGUGUAAAGAGAUUGUGUCACAUCAGAGGGAAAUUGAGGAAAAAGGUUUGGAUCAAUACCUCCGACAUAAUAUUAGUUGGUCUACGAGACUACCAGGAUAAUAAAGCUGACGUAAUUUUAAAAUACAAUGCUGAUGAAGCGAGAAGUCUGAAGGCAUAUGGCGAGCUUCCGGAGCAUGCUAAAAUCAAUGAAACGGAUACAUUUGGUCCUGGAGAUGAUGAUGAAAUCCAGUUUGAUGACAUUGGGGAUGACGACGAAGACAUUGAUGAUAUCUAACUUGACCUCCACAUUCUGCAUUCCAACUUCUCUGAGGACUGUGCAACAAUUUGGAUUUCGGCUAAGGUUUAUAAAAGAAGAUUAAAAAUUCCAUUAAUUUGAAUGCAGUUGGGUUAAAGCACACUGAUUUGUUUCUAAGGUGUUUCUUUAAAAACCGGUAGUGCUGAAUUAAGUGAAAUAUUAAGCUCACUUUGUUCUUUGGGUAUAACGGAACUUAUGGGUAAAGGAGUACAGCUACUAUUUUUGAAAAGGGGGAGAAAAAAACCUUUCCUAUUUCGACCACUUCCAGUAAAUAAAUGGAUGCUUUGAAUACACCAUUUGCCCUAUACUUCCCAAUUAUAAGUAAGCCCUAGUUUUUACUGGCCUGUUGACUGUACAGUGGCUUUCUAUAUAUUCCAGUUACCGACAAGUAUCCUUGAGGUUUUGAACAAAUUUAAGGGAAGCAGAAACCUGCAUUUGAAAUCAGAAAUUAUUUGGUUCGUUUUUCAUAUUUAAGUAGCAUGUGGCUAUUUUUAUACUAAUUUUGCUAUUGCAUACAUUCUUUUCAUAACCUUAUUUUGUAACGAUAAACAUCGGCAAGAAAGCAUUUCUAACAUGCAGAUAUUAGAACCUGGGCUUUAAUAGCAAUUUGAAUUUGUAAAGUUAGUAGUUGCAGAAAUUGAACACUAGGUGGCACCCAGUUAACAUUGGAAAUACUGAUGUGGUUGUAAAUUUUUUUACACUUGCUGUGCAUACGAAAUAUCCCAACCAAUAUUUUUUUGAUCAUGUGCAUGUAUGUUGAAUAUUUUUCCAGAACUAAAAGAUUAUUGUCAUUUUAUUUCAGAAGUCAUAUGUGCAAGCUACAGUUUUGAAUGACUUACACACAUGACUUGUGUAUAAAUGAAAAUUUAAUUUCAUAACAACUUGUACAAAUUAAGCCCUUUUCAAACGAUCCCUAAGCCAGGGGAAGAGGUAGGAAUAACAGCUUAAUGAAAAGAUAGUCUCCCAUCUCUGAAUGGAAGAGCUACAGUGGAGAAUAUAAUAAAGACAAUGUCAUGCUGCACGGUGUAUUAUACACUUUGUGUUUAGGGUAUAUUUUAUUGUGUGUACAGAUUUUUUUUUUUUUUUUUUUUUUUUUUUUUUUUUGCUUGUAUGAUAUUGGGACUUCAGAUUCAUCCUUUCUCAUUCAGUUUUCCAUGGCAACUAGUAAAAUGAAAUUAAAGGCUGGACUAGUUAGACCUCACUAGCUACACUGAAUUCGUGUGCAACUUUAAAAGGAGAGAUCCACCGUGUAGCAUGUGAUGCUUUUAUUCUGCUGGUCUCCAGAGAACUUUGCUGCGAUAAAAAGUAAUGUAAAGGGGAAGAAACCUUCACAUGACUUGCAAAAAAAACCCAAGUCUCUCAUCAGUGUGCAAACUCUGGAAUCAAAAUCUGUGGAUCUAUAAAACAUUGUGAAAUGAAAGAAUAGAAAUUUUGAAUGGACAGUUGUGGUUUGUGUUUCUUAUUUGGCAUUCUCAAAUACUUGCCUAGUUAGACUGCAUCUGAGCCCAUGGGCUAGUUUUUAAUAUUUAAAAGGAACCAGCCUCUUAAGAAUUGUCAGUAGUGAGUGUCUAUCUCAGUAAUCUAAACCUCCUAAGAUAUUUAGGCUUUUGUACAUAAAGGUGUUUUGCUAAAUUUGUGCUAUAUGGGAGGUGGGCAAAAGUAGGUUUACAGUUCAUAUGGGAAAUAAUAAUAAUAA